AUGGACUCGUCACAGUACCUAUCGCCCGAGUUCAAUCCAUGGACGCUGCGGGUGAAGGAUCUUCGCCCGCUGUUGGCAAGCCAUGGGAUCAGGGCGUCGCCAAGGGACAGAAAGGCGGAUCUUGUACGUCUCUUCAACACAGAUCUGCGUCCGAAACUUACUGAGAGUCUUAACACCAAUAAUCCCAAAAACAACAACAACAAUACAGACACUAUAGACACUACUAACAACCCUUUAAAGCGCCGCCGAUUAAGCAAUGUUGAUGAGCCGUCAAUUCCAUAUACUAGAAGUACACCUGCAACAGCUGAGCCACCUGUAUCUUUACAAUUACAACCACCACUUAAACGCCGGAAGGGGCGGAAAAGGGACGCCAAGAGCCGUGCGACGGAGUUAACGGCGACGGAGGACGGAAAAAAUGGCCAUCUCGAUAACGGCAGUAAAGUGAGGGAGAACGCCAACAGUAAGGGUAACGAGACAACCAUUAUCCGAGGACUCUUCAAAAGAGACACACCGGUAAAGUUUGAGGAUACAGAGUUUAACGAUAAGGUAAUUUUCGGCGAUGUUGUUCCGAGACAUAUUUCCUCAUUAACUAAUAAUAGACCUUCAGAGGUUGGCGAUGAAAUUGCUGCUCAUAGCACCUUCAUUGAACAAGACCAUGGCUUGACUGCCAAAGUCAAACAAGAACCGGUUUCCGCCCCCUCGUCUCCAGGAAGAUUAGAAUCUACUCCAUUUCCCCCUUUACAUCAAGGCUCUCUGUCUUCUAACCGGCAAGAUUUGUCAUCCCACACCCCCACAGACCUUGAAGAAAAUUCAUUUGACUCUAUUAAGAAUACCAUCAAUGCGCCAAUUGUCACCAAUGACGACACCAGUCGCCUGGCUUUAUCCGGUCCCACCGUUGAUAUUAGAGAUGGCAGUUUUGCUCCUCAAACUCCGAGAAACAGCUCCCCAUUGACACAUUCGGAGUCCGGCAACCCGGUUUCGUGCUCUUCCCUGUCAUUUGACACUCCAACUCGCCAAACGGAGUCUCUCCUUGAGAGCGUCUCUGAAGGUGUUGACGAAUCUGCCCUUCUUGGUGAUCUACAACAUGACUUUGAAUUGGAGAAUUCUAAAAUCGCCCAAGAAGCAAAUGUGACAUUACAAAAGAUAAAUGCAAGGGAGAAAUUUGCCCUUUAUCGGUACAGUUUCAUCAAACUGACAAUCUCCUGGUUGCUUUUUCUAUUAUUAACAUAUGUCUUUGUUCUUUAUAGACACGAGAGGAUCAAAGUGGGGUUCUGUAACGUUGAUGGCUCAUCCACUCCUGCUGAAAAUAUCUUCAGUCUACAAUGUGUUCCAUGUCCGCCCCACGCAACUUGUUUCUCGGAAUCGAGAUUGUCCUGUCAUCAGGACUAUAUCUUAUAUGCCCCUCUCUUUUGGUCUCUUGGAGGAAUAUUACCUACUUUUAAUAAGUGCAUUUUGGAUUCUACCAAGAUCAAGAAAAUCAACAAAAUCACCAAGGAGAUUCUCAACUUACUAUCAAGGAGAAAUGCAGAAUUUAAUUGCGGUGAUGCCAAUGAUGAGAUUGCUUCCCUUAGUUGGAACCAAAUUGUCGAAAUUGUAGACCAACGUCUAUUGCUUGAUAGAAACGACGCCAAUCACGAUUAUUUCUGGAACAGAGUGAAACUCUUGGUUCCAUCGAUGGUCAACAUCAGGGAAACCAAACAUGGUCUAAGGUCAACAUCUCUCCAUCACUUGACAUUCAGAUGCCGCUUGAAGAGGUUCUUUAUGACCAUACUACUAAGGUACAAAAUCUACUGGUUGUGCUUGUCUCUUCUAUUGACUUUCCUAUCGUUUGUGUUUCAUAGAGUUAAUCAACUCAUACGUAGAAAUGAGCACCACCAUCGUCUGGUGGCAGACAUUCUAAAGAAACUACAGAGGCAAGCCAAAGACAACGGGAACGGGAACGGGAACGGGAUCCAGGCACAGAAAUACAUACCUAAAAUCCAUCUACGCGAUUUCUAUCUCCCUCAGUUGAACGAUUUAACGAGGGACAGUAGAAAAACGGUAUGGAACAGUGUCGUUAAGGAAGUCGAACAAAACUCAAAUGUGAAAGUGGAUGAUAUAGAAGUGAACGGCGAUAUAAUGCGAGUAUGGACGUGGAAUAGUGGGUUUUAG